GGCAUGCAAGUGGCAGCAUGUGGGAGAAUGUGCUCCACUGUGUGUAGAGUGAAACACUACGCCGGAACCUGGGAGAUGUCUGUCUGAUGCAGGGAUUUCCCUCUUUUUCUCCUGAACAGGACGCAUGCUGGCUGUGCUUUAGUACCCACCGGGAAUUAAGCGGGACGCUCACAGGAAACACGGGUAGCUUAAGUGAAGGGCAAAGUGUUUCCAGCAUUUGAGCCUGUUUAGACCAUGUUAUCGGCGGAAGAUCAAAUCCCAGUAAUGAUGGGAAGAUGGUGAUCCGGUUCCUGAAACACAGUUAAAUCAUGGGAAACGUGGAGAGUCAGAACGGAGACAGCAGUGUGUACGGCAAUGAAACGGUACACCUUUCUCGUAAACAAACAUCCCGCUCACUCCGCCUCACCAACAAGAAGUCAGUCACUCGCCGGCAAAAGCUCUCUUCGACUGUGAAACAGGAGUACAGAAACUCAGAGACCUCCACUCGCUCCUCCAGCACACCAAGUAUCCCACAGUCCUUAGCUGAGAGUGGACUGGAACUUUUCAAUGGCACAGAUGAGCUGGGAGAGUUUGGCAUCAACCCUCACUGGACACAACGCAUCUCAAUGACAAUGAGGCCAGACUCCUAUCAACAUGAGGACGAGCCCUUGGCCACGCCAACUCCUGAGACCUCAGAGGCAGACACUAUUGCUCAGGAUGGAGCAGAGGAUUCUUUGGGGGAGGGAGAUGUACCUGGGGAAGAAAGAUACCUCCAAAGAAUGACUGAAGGUACCAGAGAUGGAGGAACUUUUAAAAAGAAGCGAUCAAAGUCAGCAGACAUGUGGAGAGAAGACAGCCUGGAGUUCUCUAUGUCCGACCUGAGCCAGGAAAAUCUUACCAGCACAGAAGACAUAAUCGACGGAGGAGAGGAAGAGGAGGAGGAGCAGUUCACGCGUCUCAGAGGGAGUUCAGGCUCCACUGAAAGAGCUUCUUCCCUGGACCAUCUGUGCAGCCAGCAGAGUCCAGGCCUCCGGGGUCAGAGGAAUCGUUACAUUAAAAACCACAGAGAAGCCAAAUGCAAUGGAGACACCGAAGCAGAGGAUGGGUUGAUGUCUCCAAUGGAAGAGGACGGCAGCGGCUAUGGAGCAUUCACCCUCCCCUGUCGGCGAUCUCACUGUCUGUCUGAGGGGUUGUCAGGGCUGGGGAUCCCCUCCGCACCUUGCCCCGCCUUCCAGGGACGUCGUGCACAUACUACUCAGGACAUCUCAGGCACUAUGGGAGAUGGAAGUGAGUAUGGCGACAGCGGCAUUGAUGGCGUUGCCACAGAGACGGACGCAGACGGCGAGCUGAUCUCCCGGCGGUGUAAAGCCAUGUCGGCCUCGUUCUCUCUCUACUCAGCUACAGAGAGCAGCGUCUUUAAUGGGAGUGACAGUGGGAGCAGCAGCGCGGGCGGAGGAGACGGAAGAGUUGCUGAGGGAUGCAGAGGAGGAGUAUAUGAGAAUUUCCGGAAGGAGUUAGAAAGUCAGACGAAUCAGGGCAGAGAUUUCCCUGAGGAGGCCAGUUCGGCUGUAAGUGAUGAGCAGAGCAGCGGUACUCUCAGCAGUGCCUACCCGUCUGACAUGUUGACUGGCUGCGCACAAGGCACAGUCAGAAAAGCCGGAGCUUUAGCUGUGAAGAACUUCCUGGUUCACAAGAAAAACAUGAAGGUGGAACUUGCAACAAAGCGCAAGUGGAAACAGUACUGGGUGUCUCUAAAAGGCUGCAGCCUCUUCCUGUAUGAAUCAGAUGGUCGCUCGGUAAUUGACCAUAACAACGUUGCUAAACAUGCCUUGUGGGUGGAGAACAGCAUUGUGCAGGCCGUACCCGAACAUCCCAAGAAAGACUAUGUCUUCUGCCUUAGCAACUCAAUGGGGGAUGCAUUUUUAUUCCAGACAUCAGGCCAAACGGAACUGGAGAACUGGAUCACAGCGAUUCACUCUGCGUGUGCUACAGCUCUUGCCCGACAGCACCACAGGGAGGACACCGUUAGGCUGCUCCGAACUGAGAUCCGCAAACUGGAGCAGAAGAUUGACAUGGACGAGAAAAUGAAAAAGAUGGGAGAUAUGCAGCUUUCCGCUGUAACUGAUGCAAAGAAGAGGAAGACCAUACUGGAGCAGAUUUUUUUGUGGGAGCAGAACUUGGAGCGGUUCCACAUAGAUCUCUUCCGCUGUCGCUGCUACCUGGCUAGCCUACAAGGCGGUGAACCUCCAAAUCCCAAACGCCUCCUGGGUUUUGCUUCACGUCCCACCAAAAUGGCCAUGGGUCGCCUUGGCAUCUUCUCUGUGUCUUCCUUCCAUGCACUGGUGUCAGCCCGAACUGAAGGCAGCAUCAGGAAGCGAAACCAGGCUGUGCAGCGAACCUUCAGUAAACGGCGUAGCCGCUUCUCUUCCCUCUGGGGUCUGGACACUGCCUCCAGAAGAAAGACCAAAGGACAUCCUUCAGCUCAACAGGUGUUUGAAAAUGGGACGGAUCCUGUAAGAAAACCAUUGGAGCUCAUGUUUGAAGACUCAGCCAGCGAGAUAUCUAAAAAAACUGAAGACUCCAUGAAAACUGUUCCUCAGCAAAGCGUCGACAGUGAUAUUUGGGUUCCCGAUUAUCUGAAGCCCUCCUGGGUUUGUCUGCCAAACAAUCAGCCAGUACUGGCCAUCGUUCAGCCUGGGGAGACAACAGUGGAUGUCCUGAGCAGUGUCUGUAAGUCCCAUCAGCUUGAGCCCUCUGGUCACUACCUGCGUGUCAAGGUGUGGGUCGACAACCAGUUGCUUUAUUAUGUUCCAAAAUCUGAAGAGGAGAUAUCUGAUUUGAUCUACAAAGAAAUUGAGAUUUGCCCCAGAGCUACCAAGGUGAUCUGUUUUGACAAAGCAGAGUCCAGCACCAUUGGAUACGGUUUCACUGUGGCAGUUACAGAAGAGGAUGAUAUACAGCGGCUUCAUGUCAUUGAAGUGAAACCAGGAGGCCUGGCUUCAGCUAAAGGUUUGAAAGCAGGCGAUGAGAUUCAGUUUCUCAAUGGUAAACCUGCCUCCGCCCUCCAACUGGAUGAUUUGAGGGCAGCUUUUGGGAACCACAUGCUUACCCUGAUUGUCAGCACUCUGCCCCAGCUGGACUCUAAGGUGCUGUGCUUCUGUCCUCCUCAUCGCACCGACGGAGAACAAGACUCAACCACAGACAUCUUUUCUCAGAGUCAAGAGAACAUCCUGGACGAGGUGUCAGGUUUGACUGUGGAGAGCCCCGAUGAGAGCAUGGAAGAGGGACCUUUAUUAACCCUGCAGAGCCCCAGAGAUCAUCACAAUGAUAGAACAUUAAUGGCAGCUGGACAGAAGAGCACAGAGCAAGUCACUGCUUUCUGCCGCAGCCUCCAUGACAUGAAUCCCCUGGAGUGCCCAAUGUCAUCCUCCUCAUCAUCGUCUUCAUCGUCCCUGUCACCGAGCCCUGUCUCAGCUUUGGCGCCUGCUGCCGGCACUGCUGCCCAGAGGCAGCUUUCCCAUGCAGACAAACUGCGCAAGGUCAUCAGUGAAUUGGUGGAGACAGAGAAGACGUAUGUCAAGGACCUGCGCUGUCUCAUAGAGUGCUACUUGAAACCUUUACAGAAAGAGAGUUUCCUAACACAGGAUGAGCUGGAUGUUUUAUUUGGUAAUCUUGAAGAGAUGGUGGAAUUCCAGUUGGAGUUUCUGCGAACGCUUGAAGAUGGAAUCAGACUGGUGCCUGAUCUGGAAAGAUUGGAGAGAGUGGACCAGUUUAAGAAGGUGCUUUUCUCUUUGGGUGGGUCAUUCCUUUAUUAUGCUGAUCGGUUCAAGAUCUACAGUGCGUUUUGUGCGAGCCACACAAAGGUCCCGAAGGUCCUGGCCAAAGCCAAAACUGACCCAGAGUUCAAAGCCUUCCUGGCUGAGAGAAAUCCCAGACAGCAACAUUCAUCCACUCUGGAGUCUUACCUGAUCAAACCCAUCCAGAGAGUCCUGAAGUACCCACUCCUACUCAGGGAGCUCUACUCUCUCACUGACCCAGACAGUGAAGAACACUACCAUCUGGAUGUUGCAAUGAAGGCCAUGAACAAAGUUGCGAGUCACAUCAAUGAGAUGCAAAAGCUUCAUGAGGAGUACGGAGCAGUUUUUGAUCAGCUCAUCAAUGAGCAGACAGCGGAUAACAAACAGGUGCUUGAUCUCUCCAUGGGCGACCUUCUGCUGCAUUCAACAGUGGCGUGGAUGAACGCUCCAGCCACUUUUGGCAAAAGCAAAAAGGACCCAGAAUUAUCUGCUUUUGUGUUCAAAACUGCUGUUGUUUUUGUCUACAAAAACUCAUCCAAGCACCGGAAAAAAAUUGGGGGCUCUCAUCGUGCGACUGUGAGCGAGGACAGGGAUCAUUUCCGCUUCCGAUACAUGAUUGCAACAGACUCCCUGCAAGUCCGGGCUGCUGCAAGCUCUGAUGCCACAGCAGUAUGUGAACUAGUCCACACAAGGUCUGAAUCUGAAGGAAGACCAGAAAGAAUCUUUCAGCUGUGCUGCAGUUCUCCAGAGAGCAAAAAGGACUUCUUGAAAGCAGUCCAGUCUAUUCUUAGGGAGAAGCAACGGCGACAUAUACUCAAGACAAAAUCUAUGCCGCUCAACCAGAAGUAUGUCCCAUUUGGUGGCAAACGCCUGACCGCCCUCAAAGGUGCACGGCCUGCCAUGAACAGAGCAGCAUCUGCCCCAUCACGAACUCUGAGUCGCCGAAGCCUCUUGAAGAACCACAUUACUAUUGAUGCUGACCAGGUUUUCCACGGCACCAACAACAACAGCACUGAUGUUACCAGCAUCUCCCAUCGGCCAACCUGUUCCCCUUCAAGCUCCUCUCCCUCCAAGCACGAACCUCAUCUGUCUCACAAACAUCAGGCAGAGGACACGGACCGUUGGGUGGAGGAGCAGUUCAACCUGAGGCGCUACGAAGACCAGUGCGAAGACAUCGACGACAGACAGGUGAAGGAGACGGACAUCUUGAGUGACGAUGACGAAUACUGUAAAUCUCUGCGAGGCCCGUCGGCCGAACCAGACUCCCUGGAGGCAGGAGUGGGAGAACUGAGGUUGCACAGCAAAGAGGUCAACUUGAAUAGAAAGAUGGAGUCUAGAAGCGAGAUGGAGCAGGGUGUGAAAGUGGAUCGAACAAAACAGAGGGAUGAUUCAGACUCCUUCACAUCCUGCAGUCUGUCUGUCUCUAGUUCCUCAAAGCUCACUCCUUUGAAGCAGCAGUGUUCUGUGGAGGGAGCCACUAGCAAGAACCACGACAUGAUCUGGGUACGACGGGACGACUUUAAUAAAGGGUGCAACAGUGAUGUCUUUUGAUGGGAGACUACAGAAUGAAGACAAGAGCAAACAGAGGUGUCUUCCACUCAAUACAUUACUGUUCAAAAGUGUUCAUUCCCCUUGAAUUUUUUUUAUUUCAUGGUAUUUUAUUGGGAUUUUGUGAUGGAUGACCCAAAGAAUGUGCAUAAUUAAGUGGAAAAGGAUUCAUUGUUUUCCUAAUUACAAUUCAAAUUCCGAAAAGUAAAAAAGGCCAUUUAUAUUCAGCCAAUUAAGUCAGUACUCUAUAGAUGUUAAUGUAGCUGAUUCCAUGUUUAGAAAAUCUGAGAAGUUUGGCAUUUUUAUUUAGGCCCUUUUACUCUGACAACCCUAGUUAAAUCUCCAGUUUCAGCAUCUCCCUUUAUUUAGCUCCAUACCCGUCGCUGCUAAAGGAAAGAAAAAAAAAUCACCACAGCAUAAUCCUGCCAUUACUAUGUUUUUCUGUGGAGAUGUGUAUUCAGGGUGAUGUUUAGUGUUGUUUUUUUAUUUUUACCAUUUUUUAUGAAGGCAAAAUCUGGCCAGAGUCUUCAACAAGUUUGUUUCAUAUAACAGGAAUAUUCUGUAGGCUAAUGGCAAAUCUUGAAAGAGUCUCUAAAUUAUUUAUUAACCAAGUAACUGAAGACACAUUGUUGCAUUGGAUUUAAUUAGGGUUAUCGGAGUAAAAGGGCCUAAAUAAAAAUGCCAAACUCCUCAGAUUUUCUUUUUCAUUGAAUAUAUCAUUUUUCUUUCACUUCAUAAUUAAACUCUGCAUUUUUCCUGUCACUGAAAAUCCCAAUGAAAUACAUGGAAGUGUGUGAUCAUAGCUUAUGAUUAUAAAACUGUGAAAAUGUUAAGGGGUCUAAAAAGCUUUGCAAGGAGUUGUAAAUCAGGAUUCCAAGAAAAUGUAGGGUAAAUCAGGUACAAGCUUUAAGAGAAAGUGUAUAGCACUGUGAUGCUAACCACUCUUUUUAACUUUUGACAAUCCUACCAUCUUAUAACGUGCUCUGGUUCCUCUUUUGCCCCUCAGAUUCUAAUUCAUAACUUCUGUCUAUAAAAUUGCAACAGAGAUCCCUCACUGUACCCAGGCAUUUCACAAACAGCAGGCAUUUAUCUGAAGAUGAAAGCAUUGCAUGUGCAUACAUGUCAGAUGAGGAGGUGUAUGUCUUCAUACACUGGAAAGCACAUCGUAUGUAGACACAGGCAGCUACUGUCUCAUGACACACUGCACAGAAGAUACAUCCUCACUAAAUUAUGACUCAUGGACCAAAACGUCUAUUUUUCACCACAGUAAUGUGGGUGUUAUAUAUUUUUCUGACUCGAAAAGCUGUUUGUAUUUACUACCAAACCAACCCCACCCCCUCAAGGGCUGUGUGUUCUUUCUCUUCAGGGGAUUUUGACUAAAUGGCUGCUGUAUUUAGUCAAAUACAGAUGGUGAGAUCCGACUAGCUUUAUUGUGCUUUUUUUAAAAAACAGUUUUAACUUAAUAUCAGCUGCACAUCACUGUAUAGUUGGAAGUAAUAAUAGUGCUUUUCACCUGUUGUACAAAAAAGUUUUGAUGCUCACUUUUUCUCCUAUAUACUUUUUAAAAAUGGUUAUGAAUAGCAAAAUGUUCAUGUUUAUUUAACAUUGCCUUUUUUGGAAAACUUUACUGUAACUUAAUGUUUACAACACAUUUAUCUGCUCAGUGUUACAAACUUUGUGCAAACUUUGGUGAUAGAAAUGGACUUGACAAAACUCUCAUCUGUGCCCUUCUCAUCUUUUUAGUUUUAUUGUUAAAAAAAUCCCUCUAUUUUGGUAGUUUUUUAGCUCAUUAGACCCUACACUGGAUCUUGGAGUCCCUUCAAGUUUGAUGUCUUUAAAAUACAGCCCAACCACUCUAGUCCUGUUUACUUGAAUAUUAUUAGUCCUGAGCUGCAACUUAAUUAUCCUCCUUUAUCAGAUCCAAGCAACCUUUUACAUUUAACUUAUGAACAUCCUGUCACAGCCUGCAGCCACUUCACAAUCUUGUGAUGCUUCUCCAUUCCACCAGGUGGUGCCAUUUCACUGUCACCACUGCAACGUGCUUAUUGUGAGACUUCUGUACAGAACACAAGUACAAGCACUUAACACCGAACUGUGAACACUGAGGCUUAGCUACUCUGGUUCAUAGGAAUAAGGAAGUGGAUUAUUUUAAACUUUAUGAUCUUAAUCUAUUUACAAAGCCGAUAUCUCAGCUAACAGCUCACUGGUUCAUCACAUCUGGGAAAGACUUGUGACUGUGAGGUACAAUCGCCAGGCCCUGGAGGCAAACUCUGUGAAAAGCCCUUUGACUCCCACCUUUGUACUUUUGAAACUGUUUGUACUUAAAACUGUGGAUUUUUAUGUGAAAAUAAAUUUUCUCAUUAAACGUA